UAUGACAGGUACCUCGUGACGUCACAAGCUCCUUGCAUGGAUCAAAACAUGGCGGCUGCCAUGGAGCUGAGAUGCUGGGGAGGAGACUGGGGUUUGCCUUCUGUCCACACGGAGUCUCUGAUAGUCCUGGCAUAUGCCAAGUUUUCAGGGGCAAAAGUCACAGUUUCCCCUAUAGACUGGACAUGGAAAACUCUAACAGCCACAGUCCCGGAGUUGCUGUGUGAAGACUCUGCAGUUCAGGAACCAGCACAGAUUCUCAACUUCCUGAGGAAACGGAGGUUUAAUGCUGACUAUGAACUGUCAGCCAGACAAGGAGCAGACACCAUGGCAUACAUCGCUCUGCUUGAAGAGAAACUACUUCCAGCUCUGUUGCACACUUUCUGGGUGGAUGCAGAAAACUACGCCAAUCUGACACGGCCAUGGUUUGCCUCACGCUCGCCAUUCCCUCUUAACUUUCUCGUCCCUAGUCGCCAUGCCAACACUGCCCUCUCCCGUAUCCUUCUAACCAAAGGAGAGGCACCGCUACACAGAAUCACUGAGGUGGAGGGAAAGAUCUACAGCGAUGCUAAAGAGUGCCUGAAUCUCCUCUCCUACAGACUGGGAACGGCAAACUACUUUUUUGGCAACUUGCCGACCAGUCUGGACGCCUUUGUGUUUGGUUUUGUGGCUCCACUUUACAAAGCCAGUCUCCCCAGUAGCCCCCUGCAGAGUCACCUCAGGCAGCUGGAUAACCUCACAAGCUUCUGUGACAACAUCCUCGCAGUCUACUUCAACUCAGACCACCCUUGUCCCCCCCCACCUGUUCAGGAAACAAUGGCUGCCAACCUCCAGAAACUAACUCAGCUUGUAAACAAAGAGUCCAACAUGAUCGAGAAGGUGCUUCUGCUUUCCUUUUACCGUCUCUUUGCUUGGGUUCAUGGUUGCAUUUGGCAGAUGGAUGACAACCUUCGCAGCAGCCCUCAGCACAAACCCCACCGAUCGGAGCCCAAACCCAGUCUGGCUAGUGAGAAGAGCUCUACUCCUGCCUAAGCCCUGACCUGUCAACCCUGGUCCAGCUUUAUGAAUGGAGGAGGAACUGCCUGUAACUGUGCAGUUCUGAAUCUGACAUCCUAAAAUCAAAAAAAAAAAGUCAUCCAGCUGAACUAUUCUUUGAAUGAAAAAUAACUUAUAAUAAUAAUAAUGGUAGUACUACCUAAUUAUUAAAGAAAAAAAUAAUGAUGAUAGAUUUCAAAGAUGUUGGUCUGAAAGAAAAAGGGAAAGUGCAUGUGUGAGGUUUUUAAAGAGGUUGAGCGCAUGUAUGUGGUUAUGGAUGGAAUGCUAUGAAGUGGUGUUUGGAUGAGAAAAACACAAAGUUAAAAGAAAGCUGAAGGAAAUGAAAGUUCCCAUGGACACAUCCUUCCUCAUAUCCACUGUAAAUAUCUUCUGUAAAUUCUAAUGACAUUUAAAAUAUUCAGAGUACGCAGUCAUGACUAUAGAAAUAUCCAAUCAUUUAUUUUGCUUUGCUCUUACCUCCUCUGCAUUGUACAGUAAAUUUCUUUUACUUUUUUUUAUUUUCAGCUUCUAAACACUCUUUGCUAGAUACACUGGGGUGAUUUAUACAACCUAUAUUAACUCCUUCAUGCUAAAUACGUUGAACUACUGUAUGUGAGAGUUUUUCCAGGGACUAUCAGAAACAAGUGUCUUUCAAUUAUAGUUUGUUAUGCAAGAUCCACUCACUGUUGUGUGUGUGUGUGUGUGUGUGUGUGUGUGUGUGUUUUCUUCUUUCUGCUGUAUUGUCAUUUGUGCCUAUUUAAGAGUUACCUUAAACUGAAGUGUCUGUCCCAUUUGGGACGUUGACUUUUUUUGUCUUUAUUUUUAAUUGGACAGUGAAAUGAGUUGCCAUGUUUCUACUGUUCUGUUCCCUAACAUCCUCAUCUGGGCUCUUCCAGAAAUUCUCUUUAUAGUUACAUUCUCUUCACAUGUGUGUCUUUUUGUUUGUUUGUUUCAUAUAGGUACAUUAUGCCUUCAUGACUGCUGGUGUCUUUGUACAAUUGUCAAAAUGUUAACAGUGUCCUUUGAUACAUAACAUAAAUUAUCUUUGUCCUUUCUGUUACUGUUGCUCAUUCUCUGUAGAUGGUUGGUAACGUAUAUUAUUGAAAUAAAAAUAUGAGAUU